AUGGAUAGGGGGAAAGCGUGCCUAUUGUUGGUGCUAUGGGCCGUAGCCCACCUCAGCUCCCCGGGGGACGGGCUCAGGGCCCUGAGAAGGACUACAGGGGGGCGCCGGGGGUCCACGGGGCUGACGGGACAGGACGCCAAUGGAGUGCCGCUCAGGCGCUCCAAACGGGGCUGGAUGUGGAACCAGUUCUUUUUGUUGGAGGAGUACACCGGGACGGACAUGCAGUAUGUCGGAAAGCUUCACUCAGACGGAGAUCGAGGAGACGGCAGCGUGAGGUACGUUCUGACCGGCGAGGGAGCCGGAACGCUCUUCAAGAUCGACGAGAAGUCGGGGGACAUCCACGCCACCAAGCGGCUGGACCGGGAGGAGAAGGCCUACUACAUCCUCCACGCCAAGGCCAUCAACCGCUUCACCAACGAGGCGCUGGAGGGCGAGUCGGAGUUCAUCAUCAAGAUCCACGACAUCAACGACAACGAGCCGCGCUUCACCAAGGACCCGUACAUCGCCACGGUCCCCGAGAUGUCCGAAAUCGGCACCUCGGUGAUUCAGGUGACAGCCACAGACGCCGAUGACGCAACCUACGGGAACAGCGCCAGGGUGGUGUACAGCAUCCUGGAGGGCCAGCCGUACUUCUCCGUGGAUCCCGAAACCGGCUUGAUCAAGACGGCGCUGCCUGGCAUGGACCGGGAGGUGAAGGAGCACUACCAGGUGGUGAUCCAGGCCAAAGACAUGGCCGGGCAGAUGGGCGGGCUCUCGGGGACCACCACGGUCAGCAUCACCCUCUCCGACGUCAACGACAACCCGCCGCGCUUCACCAAGAGCCUGUACGAUUUCAAAGUGCCCGAGUCCACCGAGCUGGGAUCUGCGGUGGGGGUGAUUCGAGCCAACGACGCCGACAUCAACGCAAACGCCGAGAUGGACUACAGGAUCAUCGGGAGCGACGGCCCCGGCAUGUUCGACAUCUCCACCAAUAAGAGCACGCAGGAAGGCGUCAUCGUGCUGAGGAAGCCUCUGGACUUUGAGAGGAAGCGGCAGUACAGCCUGCGCAUCCAGGUGGACAACGUCCACGUCAGCCCCCGCUUCUUCUCCAUGGGCCCCUUCAGGGACGAGGCCACCGUCAAGAUCCAGGUGGAGGACGUGGACGAGCCGCCGGUGUUCGAGCGCUCCAGCUACGUCAUGGAGGUGAAGGAGGACGCCGCCAGGAACACCGCCAUCGGCUCCGUCAGCGCCUCCGACCCCGACGGCGUCCGCAGCCCCGUCAGAUACUCCAUCGAUCGGCGCACCGACAUGGACAGAGUGUUCAACAUCCACGCGGGCAACGGGUCCGUGUUCAUCCUCCGGCAGCUGGACCGAGAGGAGAGCGCCUGGCACAACAUCUCCAUCAUCGCCACCGAGUUCAACAACCCGCGCCAGAUCAGCCGCGUGCCUGUCUACAUCCGAGUGCUGGACAUCAACGACAACGCCCCGACGUUCGCCACCAAUUACGAGACGUUCGUCUGCGAGAACGCCAAGGCUAAUCAGAGGAUCCAGACGGUGAGCGCCACAGAUCCCGACGAGCCCGUCGGCGGUCACCGCUUCUUCUUCAGCCUGGCCCACGAGGCUUCUGGGAAGGCCAACUUCUCCGUCCGAGACAACAAAGACAACACGGCGUGGAUCCUGACGCGCAGGAACAGCUACAACAGCCUGCAGAAGAGCACCUACCUGGUGCCGGUGGUCAUCUCCGACGGCGAGUUCCCCAUGCAGAGCAGCACCAACACGCUGACGGUGCGCGUGUGCACCUGCGACCGCGAGGGCAACAUGAAGCUGUGCAACGCCGAGGCGCUGACCGGCCGGGCGGGGCUCAGCACCGGAGCCCUGGUGGCCAUCUUGCUCUGUGUCAUCAUCCUGCUCAUGAUCGUGGUGCUGUUUGCUGCCCUGAGGAGGCAGAGGAAGAAGGAGCCUCUGAUCAUCUCCAAAGAGGAUGUCAGAGACAACGUCGUCAGCUACAACGACGAAGGGGGCGGAGAGGAGGACACGCAGGCCUUUGACAUCGGCACCCUGCGCAACCCCGAGGCCAUCGAGGAGAGCAAGCAGCGGCGGGACAUCGUCCCCGAGACGUUUUACCCGCCGGUGCGACGGCCCGCGCCGCCCCCGGCCCGGGACAACAACAACGGGGACGUGCGGGACUUCAUCAACCAGCGGCUGCAGGAGAACGACAGCGACCCCACGGCGCCCCCGUACGACUCCCUGGCCACCUACGCCUACGAGGGCAACGGCUCGGUGGCGGAGUCGCUCAGCUCGCUGGAGUCGGUCACCACCGAGGGCGACCAGGACUACAACUACCUGAGCGAGUGGGGGCCCAGGUUUAAGAAACUGGCGGACAUGUACGGCGGCGACGACAGCGACAGGGAUUCCUAA